AUGGACGCUACUCGACAGUGUAAGAUGCAAAUGGAGCUGAAGGAGCGAGAUCUGUGGGAUGUCACAAGUGGGGAGAUCAAGUGGGAGAGUCUGACGACUUCGCUGGGCCAGUCUAUGUACAAGCGUAAUUCAAGGAAAGCGCUUGCAAUAAUCUGCUUGGCGUUGGAAGACUUGCAACUUCCUCUCGUGCGGUCGGCAAGUCGAGCGUACGAUGCAUGGUCGCUCCUUGAAGGUCAUUAUGAGAAGAAGAGCCGUGCAAACAAACUCUUUCUUCGUCGUCGUUUCUUCAUGGCUAAGACGGAUGAAGGUGAUGAUGUGCUCACGCACAUCAACAAGAUGAAGGCUCUGGCAGAGCGGCUAGAUGCGGUGGGCGCUCCAGUCACUGAGGUGUCUUAG